AUGGCCGCCCUGGCGCUCCUGGGCCUCGCGGCGCUCCUGGGCCUCGGGGCAGGCGCCCCCCUGUGCCUGUCCCGGCAGCUCCGGCAGCAGGGGGACUACGUGCUGGGCGGGCUCUUCCCCCUGGGGUGCGCCGAGGACGCCGGAGCCCGCGGCAGGUCCCCGCCCGACCUCGCCGGGCGCGCCAGGGUCUCGCCCCUCGGCCUGCUGUGGGCGCUGGCCGCGAAGCUGGCCGUGGAGGAGAUCAACAACGGGUCCUCGCUGCUGCCCGGGCUGCGCCUGGGCUACGAGCUGCUGGACACGUGCGCGGGGCCCGGGGCCGUGAGGCCCAGCCUGGCCUUCCUGGGCGCGGCGGGCGGCGCCGCCCCCGCCCCCUGCGACUACACGCGGCGCCGGCCCCGCGUGCUGGCCGUCGUGGGGCCGCACUCGUCCGAGCUGGCGCUGGCCACCGGCAAGGUCUUCGGCUUCUUCCUCGUGCCCCAGGUCAGCUACGGGGCCGGCGCGGACGGGCUGAGCCGGCGGGAGACUUUCCCCUCCGCCUUCCGCACGGUGCCCGGCGACCGCGCCCAGGCGGCCGCCAUGGUGGAGCUGCUGCGGGAGCUGGGCUGGAGCUGGGUGGCCGCGGUGGGCAGCGACGACGACUAUGGCCGGCGGGGCCUGAGCCUCUUCUCCGGCCUGGCCGCCUCGCGCGGCAUCUGCGUCGCGCACGAGGGCCUGCUGCGGGCGGGCGCGGCGCGGGGCCUGCUGCGCCAGGUGAGCGGGAGCGGCGUGGAGGUGGUGGUGGUGUUCGCCUCCCGCGCGGCCGGCGCCCUCCUCCGCUGCAGCCUCCGCUGCGGACUCCCGCCCAAGGUGUGGGUGGCCAGCGAGGCCUGGCUGGCCUCGGACCUGGUCACCGCGCUGCCCGGCGUGGCCCGGGUGGGCACCGUGCUGGGCUUCCUGCAGCGGGGGGCGCCCCUGCCCGAGUUCCCGUCCUACGUGCACGCCCAACUGGCCCUGGCCGCCGACCCCGCCUUCUGCGCCUCGCUGGAGGCCGAGCCGCGGGGUCUGGAGGAGCAGGCGGGGCGGCGCUGCCCGCAGUGUGACCACGUCACGCUGGAGGACCUGCAGGCUGGGCUGCUGCACCCCCAGACCUUUGCGGCCUACGCGGCGGUGCAGGCAGUGGCCCAGGCCCUCCACCGCGCGCUGCGCUGCAAUGCCUCCGGCUGCCCCGCCCGGGAGCCCCUGCGGCCCUGGCAGCUCCUGGAGACCAUGCACAAUGCCAGCUUCCGGGCACGGGGCCUGGCGCUGCGGUUCGACGCGGGCGGCAGUGUGGGCGUGGACUACCACCUGAAGCUGUGGGUGUGGCGUGGCGGGGAGCCCGCGCUGCGCACCGUGGGCACCUACGACGGCCGUCUGCGGCUCCAGCGCUCCCGCCUCAGCUGGCACACACCGGGGAACAGGGAGCCCAAGUCCCGCUGCUCGCGGCAGUGCCAGCCCGGCCAGGUGCGACGCCUGAAGGGCCUGCACUCCUGCUGCUACGACUGUGUGGACUGCAAGGCGGGCAGCUACCGGCGCAGCCCAGAUGACGCUCUGUGCACCUUGUGCGCCCAGGACCAGUGGUCUCCGGACCGGAGCACACGCUGCUUCCCCCGUACGCCCCGGUUCAUGGCCUGGGGGGAGCCGGUGGUGCUGGUGCUGCUCCUGCUCCUGGGCCUGGCCCUGGGUCUGGUGCUGACGGCCCUGGCCCUCUUCAUCCGGAACCGGGACAGCCCGCUGGUGCAGGCGGCAGGCGGGCCCCGGGCCUGCUUUGGCCUGGGCUGCCUGGGCCUCGUCUGCCUCAGCAUCCUCCUGUUCCCCGGCCGGCCCCACCCCGCCAGCUGCCUGGCCCAGCAGCCGCUGCUGCACCUGCCGCUGACUGGCUGCCUGAGCACGCUGUUCCUGCAGGCGGCUGAGAUCUUUGUGAGGGCGGAGCUGCCCGCCGGCUGGGCGGCCCGGCUGCGUGGCAGCCUGCAGGGGCCUGGGGCCUGGCUGGUGGUGCUGCUGGCCAUGCUGGCGGAGGCGGGGCUGUGCGCCUGCUGCCUGGUGGCCUUCUCACCAGAGGUGGUCACCGACUGGCAGGCACUGCCCACAGAGGCGCUGCUGCACUGCUACCUGCGCUCCUGGGCGGGCUUUGGGCUGGUGCACGCCACCAAUGCCACACUGGCUGGCCUCUGCUUCAUGGGCACCUUCCUGGCACGGGGCCAGCCCAACCGCUACAGCGGGGCCCGCGGGCUCACCUUUGCUGCACUGGCCUACUUCGUUACCUGGGUGUCCUUCGUGCCUGUCUUCGCCAACGUGCAUGUGGCCUACCAGCCUGCUGUGCAGAUGGGCGCUACCCUCCUCUGCGCCCUGGGCAUCCUGGCCACCGUCCACCUGCCCCAGUGCUACCUGCUGCUGCGCCGGCCAGAGCUCAACACCCCCACCUACUUCCUGGGAGAGGUGCCCGGCGAUUCACGGGGUGAGGACGGUGCUGGGACUGAGGAGGUGGCUGGGCCUCACCGCCAUGCACAGACCUAGUGGGUGUCCCCAGGCUGUCCCAGAUCCACUGCG